AUGGGACGGUUCCAACUGCUUGGGAAGUCGCGGUACUUCAUGCUGGGCGGUGCGUCGCAGCGGGAGCCGCUGGAGUUAGACCAGCGGGUGGAUGGGCAGGACGCUCGUCACAUGCAAGAGAACGGGAUGCUUGUGAGACUACCGGAGAGGAUACUGUUGAAAGUGCUGCGGAUGCUGGACCUUAACACUUUGCUUGCGCUGUGCCCCCUGCACUCACGGCUGUACGACGUUAUUAGCAACAACUUGCUCUUUGAGAACGUGAAGUUGCACUCGAAGGUGUCCCUCCUGCAGUUCAAUUCGUUGAUACACUCCGAGUUCAGGACAUCGAACACUUUACACAAGAGGAGAGAAGGUAGAGCCAGUGGGAAGGGGCAGCUUGACUUCAAGAGCACGAACGCACGGUUCUUGGUGAAAUCUGUGCAGUUUAUAGACCCACAGUGCCAGGACUCGCUGCUCAAGUACAGCAAGUUCUACAACAAGCAGGACUCAAGCAACGUCAUCGCAGGGUCAUAUAACCUCGGCUCGUCGAAAAGUGGUUCAAGCAAGUACACGUACUACACGUACAUCGAGCUUGUUCUCGACAUCAUAGACUACCUGCCCAACGUGACCCACGUCAUCCUUUCGGACGUGAGCGUCAACUUCAAGAUCCCAUUGUGGUACUCAGUGUUCAACGAUGGGUCCCGCGACUUCUUUAAGAAAAUCAUCAAGGGACAGCAGUCCAUGACCCUCAACGACCUGAGAACUUUUGAGAUCUCACAGCAAUUCGUCGACGAGUACCAGCGGAAAUUCUACUCCUUGCAAAGAAUCAAGACUUUGGAGAUCAGAGGAGCAAAGCAACAGACCGCGUCGGCACAAACACUCCUGCUGAGACCGAACUUGCUCUGCUGCUUUGGAAUCAUCACGGAACUACGACUCGAGAACGUCACUAUAGACACUGCAUCGCUGGACACACCAAUGGAAUUCCUGCCCCUUGUGCUCAGGCGCGACAGCAGGGGCAUUCAUACUGUGUUCGCACCCUUCUCAAGGCUUGUACUCACAGGAUGUAAGAUUACACCGGGGAACGGCAUACUGCGACUCUUCCAGUCGUACUUUAAACAGGUGACCACGGUCAGUCUUCUCGAGAUCACGAGCAAAUACGAUCUGCUUCUGUGCAACUGCUUCCCCGCGCUGACAGAACUCACUUUGGACUGUAACAGUGACUGCUUCACAACCGCGAAACAGCUGGUCUCGGACGACUAUUACUACAGACAGACAGAUCCGACCCUUGAAAAUACGAUGGACGACGACUGUAACUCAGUAACAGAGACGUUACUGGACAACCCAUUGGAACACGUCUUGCAAAGCCCACCACCAACGACACCGGUCGUGCUCUCUUUGAACCUUAAAUACUUAUCCAGGACAAUGACGGACACGAACCGCAGAACUGUGAGGAAACCAUCACAACUGACCCGUGGGCAGGGCGAGUACUUCAACAUGUCCAAAGUCCCACCGUUCCACUACUUCUACCAUGACUACAAAAGCCUCUGGGACAGAUUACCUCACAGGAACGUCAACAUCAACGUCAUCAAUAUCCCAUUCACGAAUGUCUCCCCACUACCGCCGAGACUUUACGCGGAAAGGCUUGUGCUGGGGGCAGACUCUCUCGACCAAGAAACGCUAAUUGCUUACCGUGCUGCAGCAAACCGUGCGGGCGUAGCAGCAAACUACUAUUGGAUAGACGACGUCAAGCGCUGUCUCAAGAACGAACUGGCCUCGAUAGACACUGACGAGAACGUCGACACCCUUGUAGACAAAAUCGAGGAGGACUCCCUCAACAACUACCAGAACUUCAAGAACUUCAAGGACAUCCCGAACAUAAACCUCUACUGUUUCUUCAAGUCCCUGUCCCGCUUCAAGUCCGUGAAGAUCCAGAUGCUGCGGAAAAAAGCCGACUGCACGCAGAGAACGCGGUACGAAUGGGAACUGCUCUUCCAACCGGUCCUCAACGUCAACGUGCCCAUAGAGGUCCGCGACAGGGACGGCGUCCUGAUGUACUCGUACGGGAGACCGAAGUGA